AUGGAAUUGAGGGAAGAAAUAUUCUGGAAACAGAAGUCGAGAAAUGCUUGGCUGGAGGAGGGUGACUGGAACACGCGGUUCUUCGACGCCUUGGUUGCAGACAGGAUUAGGAAAGAAGAAAUUAAAUCCAUUCUUUCCUUCCCAGAUAACGAAGCCCUCCUUGCCAGCCCCUCCCUGCAGGAAGUCCACCAAGCUAUCAACUCCCUUCCAAAAGACGGGGCUCUUGGCCCCGACGAAUUUUUUGGUGUGGCAGCUCCUUCCUCUUUCUCAGACUUUCGGCCCAUCAUCCUGUACAACUGUAUCUACAAGAUCUUCUCCAAGAUAAUUGCCUCCAGUUUAAACAAUCUGCUUCCUUUGCUUAUUUCUCCUAAGCAAGGAGCUUUUGUUAAAGGUAGAUCCAUCGUAGAGAACAUUGCCCUGGCACAGGAGAUGUUCGUAGAUAUUAAUAGGAAGCUAGUUUUCAAUCUAAUCAACGGGGAAGUUGCGAGGUUCUUCAAAUCCUUUAGAGGGCUCCGUCAGGGAGAUCCGCUCUCUCCCAGUCCUUUUAUUCUAGCAGCUAAAGUGUUAAGCAGGGGAUUCAAAUCUUUAAUGGAGAGGGGUGAAUGCCUCCCAUAUAAACUCAAACAAGGCUGCCCAAUUGUUUCCCAUCUUCUUUUUGCUGACGAUACCUUGUUGUUCCUUAACGGCGGUACCUCGUCGCUUAGAGUGGUGAAUAAGUUUCUUGAGGACUUCCAAUAUGCUUCGGGGCAGCUAAUAAACUGCGGCAAGAGCUCUUUCUUCUUCUCUGAAAAAGUUCCUAUCACCGGGAUUCGUUUGAUUGAACACAAGAUGGGGAUCCUCAAAUCUACGGCUGGCUAUACAUAUCUAGGUGUUCCAAUAGCUAGAGGAAGGGUGAAGAGAGCAGAUUUUUAG